AUGGCUCGUCCUCUCAAACUAUCUUAUGCACUCAAAAUCAUAUUCCUCUUCUCCUCAUUCCUCACACCAACCCUCUCACGUGACCAUGAGAAAACCACUUAUAUCAUCCACGUGAUGAAAAACUCCGGCGAAGCCCCCUUUGACUCGACCAUAAGCUACCACAACUCGUUCGUUUCAAAAAACUCCCUAAUCCACUCGUACGAGCAUGCCAUGAGCGGCUUCUCGGCUUCCCUCACCUCCGACGAAGCCGAGUCCCUAAAAAAUCACCCGGGCGUCAUCUCCGUACGCCCUGAACGUAUAUACCUUCUCCAGACGACCCGUUCCCCGGCUUUCCUCGGCCUUACCCAACAAACCGGAGCCUGGGGGAAAACUCACCUCGGCCAGGGUAUCACCAUCGGUGUCCUCGACACCGGCUACUACCCGAACCACCCCUCGUUCAAUGGUAGCAAGAUGUCUAAACCGCACCACCGUUGGAAGGGCACCUGCCAGCCGAAGAGCCUUUGCACCAGCAAGAUCGUCGGCGCCCGGGGCAUCAUCAAUGGCAACGCCACCGCCUCGGUGCUCGACAUCGACGGCCACGGGACACACACCGCCAGCACCGCCGCUGGAACCUUCGUCCGUGUCGACAACGACGUCGCCGAAGGGACAGCUUCUGGGGUGGCCCCGCAAGCCUUCCUCGCCAUUUACAGAGUCUGCAUUUCUAAGCUUUGUCGGGAGAGCGACGUCGUGGCCGGAAUCGACAUCGCCAUCGAUGAUGGCGUGGAUGUUCUUUCUGUACCGUUGGCCUCUUACGGCAAAGGCGUCCCGUAUUAUGACGACGCCACGGCAGUGGGCUCGUUCGCGGCGGCCAGUAACGGGAUUCUCGUGAGCUUCGCAGCGGGAAACUUGGGACCGAACGCUUCGACGGUGGUCAACGACAUGCCGUGGUCUCUCACGGUCGGGGCAAGCACGAUCGACCGGAGGUUUCCGGCCCCGGUUAAGCUGGGAAACGGGGUGGAGUUGGAUGGGGAGUCCGCGUACCAGCCGACAAACUUCUCUUCCGAUAAUCUUUUGGAGCUCAUCUACGUCGAUGGACCGUUGGUGGGGCUCGACGUCUCGGGAAAGAUUGUUCUGCUUGAAGUCAACGCUGACAACCCGGACUAUCAAGCCGAUGACGUGAAAUUUGCCGGGGGUGUCGCCAUGAUACUGAUCAACCCAGAAGCCGCCGGGUUUACACACAUGUCGGAUCCCGGACGAUCCAUCCCGUCAACGUCAGUGUCCUUUUCGGCAGGUCAGAAAAUCAAAGACUAUAUAAAUAAUGAGACGUCCCCGACGGCGAUGAUCUCGUUUCAGGGGACGCAGUUGGGGGACACGACGGCUCCUGCCGUCUCGUAUUUCUCGUCGAGGGGGCCAAGCAAGCAAGUUUCUGGGGUUUUGAAGCCUGACAUUUUGGGGCCGGGCCAAAACAUCAUAGCCAGCUGGUCUCCUUGGAGCCUAAAAUUUAAAGGGACCAUGUUCAGAAUCUUGUCGGGCACGUCAAUAUCGUGCUCCCACCUCAGCGGGGUCGCGGCCCUGGUCAAGAGCGCACACCUCGAUUGGUCGGCAGCGGCCGUGAAAUCUGCUAUUAUGACCACCGCGGACCUCGUCAAUGCCAACGGCAUACCGAUUCUCGACGAGAAACUUACUCCAGCCAAUAUCUUAGCGAUGGGGGCCGGCCAAGUGAACCCGAACAAGGCAGUGGAUCCCGGUCUGGUCUACGACAUUGCAAUGGAUGAUUACGUCCCGUUUUUGUGCGGCUUGGGAUACACGGAGAGCCAGGUCAUGAUGAUCACACAGGUGCCAGCCAAUUGCUCGUUGACAAUCCCUCAGGGGCAACUGAACUACCCCACGUUUUCGGUUUCGCCCGACUUUAAGAAGACUUUCUUCUACCGGACUGUCACCAACGUGGGCGAGGCCUCCGCGUGUUACUCCGCGAGCAUAGUUCAGCCCCAGGGUGUGGCUGUUAGAGUUAGGCCAUCGAAGAUGUGUUUCACGAGCCCGAAGCAGAAGGCGACGUACCAAGUGACGUUUCAGCUUAGCAAGAACACGACUAGUUGGGGAAAAAAUGGAUCUGUUGUGCAUGGCUUCUUGAUCUGGGAUUCAAAAAAGCACAGUGUUAGGAGUGUUAUAGCAGCCACCUUCACUAGACAAGUUAAGUAA